UUGCUGCAGAAAGCAUCCCAAUUUCCAAAGUAAGUCUGCUAGGGCUAUGGAGGAAAAGGAUAAAAUUGCCAAAGAUAUUACUGAACUAAUAGGAAACACGCCACUGGUAUACCUCAACAACGUAGUGGAAGGAUGUGUAGCUCGUAUUGCUGCCAAAUUGGAAAUGAUGGAGCCCUGUUCUAGCGUGAAAGACAGGAUAGCAUACAGUAUGAUUAAAGAUGCUGAAGAUAAGGGUGUGAUUACCCCUGGAAAGAGCAUUCUUAUAGAGGUAACCAGCGGCAAUACUGGCAUUGGUCUUGCAUCUAUUGCAGCAGCUCGGGGGUAUAAACUUAUAGUCGUGAUGCCACAUACAUAUAGUCUUGAAAGAAGAAUUAUUCUUAAAGCUUUUGGAGCUGAACUACAUAUCACUGACGGAGCCAAGGGUUUAGAUGGUGCUCUUGAAAAGGUCCAACAGAUAAUGGAUAGGACCCCAAACAGUUAUUUUUUUCGUCAGUUUGAUAAUCCUGCUAAUCCCAAGAUUCACUAUGAAACAACUGGACCAGAGAUAUGGAAGUGCACUGAAGGGAAUGUUGAUGCUUUAAUUGCUGGGAUUGGAACAGGAGGAACAGUCACAGGUGCAGGAAGAUUUCUCAAAGAAAAGAAUCCAGAAAUAAAGCAGCUAUACGGUGUAGAGCCAGCUGAUAGUGCAAUUCUAAAUGGAGGAAAGCCAGGAAAACAUAAAAUCCAAGGUAUUGGUGGUGGUUUUGUUCCUGCGGUUUUGGACAUGAGCAUACUUGAGGAAGUUGUUACAGUGACCAAUGAGGAAGCCUUUGAAAUGACAAAGCUUCUGUGUCUGAAAGAAGGUUUAUUUGUAUGUGUAUUAUGGUGGGCAUUUCAUCAGGGGCAGCAACUGUUGCUGCAAUCAAAAUUGCAAGAAGGCCAGAGAAUGCGGGAAAACUUCUUGUUGUCAUAUUCCCAAGCUUUGGGGAGCGUUAUCUCUCGACUGAGCUGUUCGAUUCAGUACGGGAAGAAGUGGAGAAUAUGAGGUUCGAGUAAAUAUAAUGUCUAUGCGCUGUUGAUAAAGAAGAAGGGGAGAUUUGCCGGCUACAAUGGUCUCUUUAAUUCUUUAUAGCUGAAAACAAGCUCGUUGAGAGUGGUUCAAGUAUGAUUUCUUCUUCAGUGUUAUUGGUUUUAAAUCCUCAAAACAUAUGUAUCAUUGCUCAUCUACUCCACUAAUGUUGUUACUAUCUAUAUCCUAGACUUCGAUACCUGAAACAUAUUAUGGAUCUUGGAAUGUAAAGUCUUGGGAUAAUUGCCACUACAUCCUUUCACCUA